CGUGAAUUUUAUUAAACCAUACCUUAUCAUUGUGCCCAAAGUGACCCCGUUCAGUGCGAACGAUUAACUUCUCUAAUUUUAUUCCACACACUUCAAUGAUUUAUUUGAUAGCAAUCUCACGAAAAAAUUGAUAUUGUUUAUCAUUGAAAUAGGGCAGGUGCUCCAAUUGCUGUGUUCAUGAAAAUCAGUACAGUUUUGUUAGAUUUGCUGCUGCAAAGACCCAAAAUCUCAUAGAUUUAUUUGUCUUUUUUUAUUCUUUCCGUUCAAAAUGACCCAAUAUUGUGCUAAUAUUUCACCAAUUUGCAAUGUGAUUGCGAAGAGUGAUUAACCAGUCGAUUUUUGGUGCGUUAUCAACACAACAUGAGUGUUUCCAUGAACUUAUUUAACAAAGGUAAAAAAAAGAAAUAAACUACAGAUCGGUGCUGAAAAUAAAGAACCAACCCCCAAAGGGGUAUACGUUACGUAGGUACAUAUUUCGUCAAAUAAUGCCUUCGGUGAAAAAACAAAAAGAUUUCAAUUAUAUUUUUUCGGUAAUAGUGAAAGGAAUUUCACUAUUAGGAGUUAGUAAGAAAAAAAAUUAACGUUUUUACGUGGAAAAGUUUUUAGCAUUUUUGAUAUCGAAUAAGAAAGUAGUUCAUUUUGCCUUUAAAAAAAGAUAUUUUUGGAUGAAUAAUACUAUACAGCUAAAAGGACUAGGUAGAAAAAAUCUAUUAUGUUUUAGUUGAAUUGAUUACAGAAGUUUAGUCACCAAUAUAUGAAAAAAAUCCUUAUUUGAACAACAAUUGGGACACUGUGUAAAUCUUGUAAAAGAUCAAAAAGAACUAGAAAUUGCCAGAGAAUCUUUCCAUUUUAUUCUGAGAUCAGCUUUUUAAAGACGUUACCUGUUCUUGUCCGAUUAGGUUUUGAGGGUAAGGGUAGAUUCCAUAUAAAAUCUCAAGAAUUGAUUCUUCUAACCAUUUUUUUAAUCAUGAUAAUAUAAAAUUCUUAUGCCGCAAAUUCUAACUUUUAUCUUGCAAUUAAUUAUUUUUGAGAAAACUCUCAUAAAAUUUCAAAUUGUGGUCAAUCCUAUAGUUUUUUCACGCCAAUGCUGCGAUGAGAAAGUGUCGUAAGAACUUAACAGUACCUAUCUACCUACCUAUAAUUUUUUUAAUGAAUUAAAAUUUAUUAGGUAUCCAUUCUUUCAUUUAAAAGAGAGAAAGCUGAAAGAAUCCAUUUUCCUCUUUAUCCUAAAAAAAAUCUAAACAUGGCGUCUGAUUGGUACUAAUUUAUGGCUAUAUUGUUACCUAUUAUCUGUAUGUACCUACCAUUGAAAAUUCAUCUUCAUUGAUUGAAAAAAUUAACAGAUUAAUGUCAAGAAGUUCUUUUUCCGUUGAAAUUAUCGAUUUUUCUGCAGUAUCUCUGGCUUAUCAGUCUAGUAGACUAGAAAAGGGUCUGAGUACUUCACAGCUCCCAGGCAAGAAUAGCGUGCGAUCUUCACUCACACGAUCAAGGAGUGACUAUGGAAAAUUUCCUAACAAAAGAUAAUUACAAAACAGAUUAUCUGUUGGAUGAGGGGGGAGUUUAAAAAGGCAAUAUCCCGAAAAAUAUAUAUUUGCUAAAGAAAAAGACAAAAAAAAUGAAUUUUACAUCGAAACAAGGAAAAUUGCAAAGAAGUUCUCUAUUUAUAACGCAAAAGUUUUAUUUUGGAGAGUGUUGUGCGAUAAAAUAUUAAAUAUUUACUUUCUUGUACAAUUUAUUUGGAAUUUAGUAAAGAUUUAAACGGAGACGAUUUGCAUGGAAACACAGGGGAAGAAAAAAUGAAAAAAAAGACUAACAAGAGUGAAGAUUUUCGUUGAACACACGGUGGAAGAACCUUCCGUUGGAAACAGAUGAAAUCUAAAGAGAGGCGUAUAUAUUGUAGUUGAUAUUGGCCCACAGAGAGAGAGGAAGCACGCGCACUUCCCCUAAUCUCGCGGGUAUUGCAAGGAAAAUUAUUUUAUUAUCAAUAUUGCCCUGUUUAAAGAAGAUAAUUCCCCUGCCAAAAGUUGUACACAAUUUUUUUUCUUCUGUGUUCCUCCAGCGUGCGAUUUUGAGAAAUAUUUUCUCCACUAUAAAAGCUGAUUUACAAUAAUAUUCCCAUUCAGUUGAGAUUGUGCGACAGAACUUAGCUGGCAAGUGCGAAUACUUAAGUGCUUUUAUUGUGAUUCUCAUCUUUUAGCACUUUUAGGGAUCUAUAAAUAUAUAUUUUGUGAUCUGAUAAUUGUAUGUGGAAAAGAAAAUUUGUAAUAUUGUAACAGAGAAAUUGUCACCUUUUAGCUUUUUGGAUAAGACGCCCAUGUGGCAGCACAAAAGGGGCACGUUUUGUGGUAAAGAAAAAGAGGAAUAGUGUUAAUAAAUAAAUCAGUGGAGGUGAUUUUCUGAAGGAAAUGGUGGACAAAAAGCAGGAAAAAAUCAGCACAUUAAAAAAUGAUGAACUCGGAUACACAACAAUCCCAUCGUAUUUUAUAUCACGACAAGUAUUGCAUGCGGAGGAGGCCAAUAAGAUUUCAGGGUAUGAGAAGGAGAAGGAGAGCUAUGGACAGAGAAUAAGGCAAUCUGUUCGCGGUAUUGACUUCGUAGCUCUUCUGUACAGUAUCGUUCCUAUUGUUGAAUGGCUGCCCAAGUACUCAUUCAGGCAAAAUUUUAUGGGAGACCUUACAUCUGGCAUUACAGUUGCCGUAAUGCACAUCCCACAAGGUAUGGCCUAUGCCAUCCUAGCAUUCGUCCCACCGCAAAUAGGUCUCUACAUGGCCUUCUUCCCGCUCCUUGCAUACGUUAUAUUUGGUACAUCACGACACAUAUCAAUGGGUACAUUUGCCGUGAUUAGUCUGAUGGUGGGGAAAGUCGUGCAGGCGCACGUGAGUCCGGAUAUGCUGGAUUUAAGGCAGGCAGGCAAUGAAACGGAUGAUGGGAGUGUGAUUGGGGAUGGAAGUUCUGUGACAGCGAUGGAAAUUGUUUCUGCUACAUCGUUAAUGGUUGCAAUUUAUCAUCUCAUUAUGAGUUUCUUACGAAUGGGAGCACUUUCAUCCCUACUUAGCGAACCACUCGUGAGUGGCUUUACAACGGCAUCAGCCAUACAUGUGAUUAUGAGUCAGAUAAAAGAUAUCUUUGGCAUAAAGUUGCCACAUCACAAAGGAGCUUUCAAGAUAGUCAAUAUGGCAGUGGCUGUUUUUCAGAGUAUACCAUCCACAAAUCUCGCAGCUCUUACGAUAUCUCUCAUUGUUAUCCUUUUUAUGAUAGCAUCAAAUGAAAUACUAAAGCCUUGGCUGUCGAAGAGAUGCCGCAUCCCGGCACCAACUGAAUUGAUUGCUGUCGUUGGGGGUACUUUAGCGUCGCGUUUUAUGAAUUUUGAAGACAGGUAUGAGAUAAAGUUGGUUGGACAUAUCCCAACUGGCCUUCCAAGUCCUGUUCUCCCGCGUUUUGAUCUACUUAAAUUGGUUGCUGUUGACUCAAUCGCUAUUGCUGUUGUAAGCUACUCCAUCGUUAUGUCCAUGGCAUUGAUUUUUGCCAAGAAACACUCGUAUGAGGUUCGCGCAAAUCAAGAACUUAUUGCCAUGAGUGCAAGCAAUGCUGUGAGUUCUCUCUUCUCAUGCAUCCCCAUCGCAUGUUCGUUGUCGCGUUCGUUGAUCCAGGAGCAAACUGGUGGGAAUACACAACUUGCAUCAGUUAUAGCAUCGGCACUCAUAGCUGUUGUUCUCCUGUGGAUUGGACCAUUCUUCGAGACACUUCCACGAUGUGUUUUGGCAGGAAUUAUAGUUGUUGCACUCAAGGGUAUGCUGAUGCAGGUAAAAGAUCUCAAGAGAUUCUAUAAAGAAGAUCGCCUAGAGGCACUCACGUGGAUCUGCACCUUCCUUAGUGUCGUUCUCAUUGAUAUUGACAUCGGAUUGCUAGUUGGCAUCAUCAUGUCAAUCAUUGCGCUCUACCUUAAGGGAUGGAAGAGCUACAGUUGCAUUCUAGGCGCAAUUCCUGGAACAGGUAUCUAUGUGGACAUUGGAAAGCAUAAGACUGCAAUGGAAAUUCCAAGUAUAAAGGUUUUCCACUAUGCAGGAUGUAUUAAUUUUGCCUCAAGAGCUACUUUUAAGCGCAAACUCUAUGAAACAAUUGGUUAUGUUUCGCGGAAAUCGUCAAAAAUGCAAUCAGAUGAUGGAACAAACUUUCAGGAUAUCCGUACGGUGGUCAUUGACCUGUCAUGCAUCCCCCACAUUGACUAUUCAGCUUGCAAGCUGUUCAAGGAGAUAAACAAUGAAAUGGACAAAAUUGGUGUUGCCUUCUUCUUAGCAGCCCCAUCGGAUCGUGUCUUUGACACAAUAAUGCAUGCAGACGCUCUAGGGGAUGGUCCCUUCCAAACAUUCCCAACCGUACACGAUGCUGUGCUUUUUUCCCAAGGAAAAUUAGACAUGAUGGUAUGAGGUUAGUUGAUCACAAGUGAUAUAUAAAAAAAUGUAUAAAUUAUAGAAUAAUUUUUGAUUUUUAUUUCUAAUGUCUUUUUGUCGUGUAAAUGCAAUACAAAUUGUAAAAUUAAAUGUACUUCUUUGUAUAUAUUAUAAUAUUUAUUGUACAUAAGUUAUUCAAAGUAGGAGUCGCCUUUGGGAUGAAAGUUUUAUUGGAAUGAAAACGAAAAGGAUUAUAUCCUUGGAUAAAGAUCAUAAGCAUAAGACUUAAAAAAAGCUCUUUAGUUAAAAUUACAAAAUACUCUCGAACAAAUAAAAUUAUUAUACAAAAUGAAAAUUAAUACAUUGUGGGGCACAACUAUUUCCGCGAGAAUUGGCUUUUUUUUAAAUUAAGUAUCAUUUUUUUUUCUAAAAAUCUAUUAUAAUUGUUAAUUUAGCUGAACAAUUUGUCUUUAUGUAUUUUUCAAUUUUUAAAAGAAAGUUAAAGAAGUUUUCUAUUUAUAAAAAAAAUUACAAAGAUUACAAGAAUUUCACAUAAGAUAGGUGUACCUUUUUUUAUUUUAUCUUUAUCCAAGUAUCUUUUAAAUCCUUAAUCCCAAAUAGCAUUGAAUUUUAGUGAUUUUUUUGCAAAAGGCCACACAAAAUACUUUUUUUUUUCUCUUGAAAUUUAUUUAAAAACCAAAAACCGUAACUUUAGUUUAACUCUUUGACUGAGGACUCUUUUAGUGAAAGUUAAGUUGUUGUCAAACAGUAAAAAUCUAAAGUUUCUUUGUGCUUAAUUGUGGGGACCUUUUUCCUUUAGCUUUAAAAAAAAAAGAGUAAACUCUCCUUGAGAGGAAAUCUCGAAAGUAUUUUUUCACGAUUUUCUUGGCAAGUGUAAGAUAAUUUAUAAAAGAGAAAGAGAUGUAAAAAUAUAUUUUUUGAAAAGUUGAAAA